GAUGGGGCAUCGAGGCCUGGGGGCAGUUGCGUAUCGAGUUCGAGCCGAAGCUUCCCAGCCGCUUCCAGGGCAUGCUGCAGCAUUUGCUAGACCCUACGCGUGGCCCAGACGCCGUCGAGAACAUCUAUGCAUGGGAGCGGAAGCUGAAGCAGUAUGAGGGCAACCAGAGGACCCACCUCAACCUGCAGGCGGGACGCCUGCAGACGUACGAAGCGGCCAGGAACGAGGCGAUCCCGCACCUGCGCGCGACCGCCAGCCAGGGGCAGGGGCCCGCGCCCAUUGACUUGGGCCCAGUGACGGGAGAGCUGCGCCCUAUGACGAGGGACGGCAAUUGCAAGGGAAAGUGCCAGGGCAGGUCAGGCAAAGGCAAGGACCACGGCGGCAAGGGCGGGAAAAAGAGGGCCUGCUUCUACUCAGCCAAGCAGAACCACGCGAAGCCAGAGUGCAGGGCGCCCGCGACGGACCGCGCGAAUAAGGACAUCGAGCCAGACAAGGCUGGGCGAUACAUGGGCAAUCCAGUCGACAAGAUCACUGGCAAGCGUGCCGCCGCCGAGAAGGGGGACGCGGCAGCGCUGACGGCGCUGUCUGAUGACGACUACUACGAAGAGGCAUGCGGUUUCGUCUUCGCCCUGACCGACGAGGCGAUCGUGAUAGGGGGCUGCCGCGCGCUCGAGGGCGACGAGUUCGCGGACGGCAACGAGGUCGCACGCAACGGCAGGAAGGAAGUGAGCAUGGUGGACCAGAGCUCGGGCGAGCGACUGACGGUGAACUCCGAGGCGAAAGGGGCGCGGAAGCCGAUCGCGGCGGGGAGCUCUGCAGUCGACGCGGGCUACGGAGUGUCGCUGUACGACGGAGGGGGCUAUAUCGCGAAGCCCGGGCGCGCGCAGGAGUUGGCGACGGUCGCGAGAGACAGCGUCGGCAAGAACAGGCCCAUCGAGCACGGCGUCUUCGCCAUCCCAGCUCGGCGGCGCCCGAGCAGCGGCGAGCUGCGCGCGGCGACGGGGAGGGGUGAGAAGCCGAAGAAGCGCGCGAGGUUCAGCGACGACCUCGAGGAGAGCGAGGGCGCCAGGCCCGCGCUUGCCAAAGCGCUCGCGCCGUGGCCGAGCGCGGAGGCGAAUGCUAGGCACGGGCUGACCCGCUGCCCGCACCGCGCCCGGCGCAGGCGCUGCUUGACGGGCCGGGCGACCGAGGGCCCCUACGAGAGCCAGUCCACGGAGUCGACGGUUCCAAAGCUCGCGCUGGACUGCUGCUUCCGGGCGCGCGAAGGGGAGCUGCAGAAGGUCGCGGUUCUGGUCUUCGCGCCGAGGCCCCUUGGCGCCGCGGGGGCGACGCGCGUGGCGAAGAAGGGGAUUGAUGACGUUGCAGUCGAGAUCGUGCUCUCCCACCUCGAGGCGCGGGGUGCCGGCGAGGUCGUGCCGAGGGCAGACAAGGGGCCAGCCGCCCAGGCGCUGCCCGUGGAUCGACGCCGGCGACGAGUCGAGCACCACCGCGCUGCGAUCGGGAAAUCCACGAAGCACGACAGCAAGGCGAACGGCGGCAUCGAGGUGGCGGUGCGCUGGGCGGAGUCGCUCACUCGCACCUGCGCGGCCGUCAUCGAGGACAAGUACAAUGCCGAGGCGGCGAACCAGUCGGUGAUCCUCCCGUGGCCGGUCAGACCCUCGGCGCGCAUCAUCGCGAGGUCCGUUCUGAAAAGUGAUGGUCGAAGAGCCUGGGCGACAAUGCGAGGUGAGGAGUUCGCGUCGCCUCUCGCGGGCGCGGGCGAGACGGUGGCUUUCGGGCUGAUUCGCAAGGGCCAGUCGAAGCUCGACCCACGCUGGGCCUCGGGGGUGUUUCUCGGGCGGAGGGACAAGAGCGAUGAGGUUGUCGCGGGCGCAGCGCGAGGGAUCGAGUUCACAAGGCCAGUCAUCGACGCGGCCCCCGCUGCGCCCAUGGACACCGACCCAGAGGCCGAGAAGCUGUUCGCGGGCAGCUUCCACGACCAGCACGCUGGGGACGCGCACCCGAAGGAGCUGGCGCUGGAGGGCGCGAAGCGCGAGCUCGGCGAGAUGGAGGGGCCCGAGGCGAUGGUCUGGAAGAAGCGCAGCGAGAAGCCGCCAGGCGAGAGAGUGAUCUCCACCAAGCUCUUCCACGCGCGGAAGGGGCCAGACUGCGUGCGAUCGCGGAUCGUCGCGCGGGAGUUCGCAGGAGGCGUCUUCGCGCCAGAACACUAUGGAGGGGCACCUCCGACGCGGGCGCUGAAGCUGGUGAUCUCGAGGCUGGCAUCGCUUAGAGAGUCGAGGCAGCUUGCGUCGCACGACAUCUCGACGGCAUUCUUUCAUGCGCAGCUGAAGGAGGCAGUCUGGGCCGAGCCGCCGACGGAGUUGAAUUGCCCAGACUGGCUCUAG